AUGUUGGCCAAGUAUCUUGUGUUAGCUGUGCUGCUUGUUCACAGUUGUCAGGCCGUGCCAAAUGGCCACGAAGUGCUGCAGCAUCAGUACCCAUUUCAAGUAGCGAUUUACACUAAAUAUCCCAUACUCGGCAGGGAAGAAAUGGUCUGUGGGGGUGUAAUUGUAAAUUCUGAUUGGAUUUUGACGUCUGCUCAGUGCAUCUCCAAGUGGAAGGACAUGGUCGUCAAAGCUGGGAAGCACAAGCUAUCCGCGAAGGAACCACGCCAGGAAGUGCGAUCUGUUAAGAAAAGUUUCAAGCACAGUCAAUAUAAGCCCGUAUACUGGUUCCAUAAGAUCGCCGAAAACGAUAUAGCCCUCUUGAGGCUGGCUAAGCCUCUAACUUGGAACGAGCACGUGCAGCCGAUAGCUCUCCCGAAAGCCGGAGUGGAGCACACAGGAAUUGGAUACUUAAUAGGCUGGGGUGGAGCUGACGCUGAUGAAACGUCUGAUGUUCUUCAAGAUGGCAGAGUAUCCUUCUUGGAUUCCGACAAUUGCACGAAAAUCAUCAAGAAGAAGUACAAGGUGAAGCCUAUCUCGAGCGACCAGGUUUGCACCGGAUCGAUCGACAGAGUCUUCGUCUCGGCUUGUUCCAAGGACCUCGGCGGACCGGUUGUGCAGUACCAGGCUGACUCAUCACCACAGUUAGUUGGGAUCGUCUCCUGGGAUGACUCGUGUCGUAGCAGAGGUCUUCCUACAGUCUACACCAGGGUGUCAGCUUACGUUGGCUGGAUUGAGAAGACUGUCCGUAGCCCGAAAUUUGUGAGAAGUUAUGGGUGAAGGCGAUCGUGACAGCUGAU